GUCAUGGUCCCUGUACUCCUGGUUCUUUGGGGAGCCACGGUGAUACCACCCGCCGACUUACUUCCUGACCCAAAGCUGUCCCUCCUCCCGCCUGUGAAUUUCACCAUCAGAGUCACGGGUUUAGCCCAAGUCCUUUUAAGCUGGGAACCAAAUCCUGACCAAGAGCCCAGGGACGCUCACCUGGAAUACCAUGUGAAGAUCCACGCCCCACAAGACGAUGACUUUGAAACCGGGAGCACGGAGAGCACCUGCGUGGCCCCCCUCCACGAAGGCUUUUCGGCAAGCGUUCGAACCAUCCUGCAGGAGGGUCACGCCCCCCUGGCCAGCAGCUGGGUCUCUGCAGAACUCCAAGCCCCACCAGGGUCUCCCGGAACCUCAGUCUCGAAUUUAACUUGUGCCACCAGCACGACAAUGGCAGGUGGUGGCCACCGGAGGCCACACCGAGUUUCUCUCCACUGCACCUGGCUGUCGGGCGAGGAGGCCCCCCCAGACACGCAGUACUUCCUCUACUACAGGUAUGGCUCUUGGACCGAGGAGUGUCAGGAAUACCGCAAAGACCCCACCGGCAGAAAUACCGCCUGCUGGGUCCCAAGGUCGUCCAUCAGCAGCAAGGGGCACGGCUGGCUGAUGGUCCACGUUAACGGCACCAGCAGGACAGCUGCCAUCAGACCCUUUGAUCAGCUGUUUGGGGUGCAAGCCAUCGCUCGAGCGAAUCCGCCCACCAACGUCACAGCCCAGAUCCAGGGAACGCGUCUCUCCAUCCGAUGGGACAAACCCAUUUCCGCCUUUCCGCAGCACUGCUUUGAUUACGAAGUGAAGAUACACAACACCAAGAAGAAUUACUUGCAGAUGGAAAAGAUCACGACCAACGUGUUCGUCUCCGCCAUUGACCAUCUCUCCAAGUACUCCAUUCAAGUGAGGGCGGCCGUGAGCCCCGCCUGCAGGACAGCCGGGCUCUGGAGUGAGUGGACUCCUCCUAUCUAUGUGGGAAGCGAGGCGCGGAAGCCACUGAUGGAGUGGCUGCUCAUCCUGCUCACGGUGACCGCCUGCUUCGCCGUGUUGAUCUGCCCGCUGCUCUGCAGGAUAUGUCACUUGUGGGCCAGGUUGUUUCCACCUGUUCCAGCCCCGAAAAGUCACAUCAAAGAUCUCCUGGUGACCGCUCACUGUGAGAAAGCCGGUUCCAGUGCCACAGAGACGGAAGUCAUCAGCUUCGUGGAAGGGCUUGGGUGUGAGGUCUUGGAAAAUUCCGUGUUCUGAUUUCUUGGAGCCUUCUUAGAAGGACUUGCACCACGUUCUGGGCCAUGAGAACAGGGACAGCUGUUUCUUCCGCGAAGACGUGUUCAGCAUUUAAGGAGCCCUGAGCAGGGCGGAAAGGGGUGCACGCCUCUGAUCCCAGCGGCUUGGGAGGCUGAGGCAGGAGGAUCGCGAG